AUGGGUAUGCGUACAGGCAAGGCAACGGAUAUAGACGUCCCAUCGAGGGCCACCAUCAGCGUCAACACAGACAGCGUCAGGAAGAUGAGCCAUGUCCGCUUCGAGGGACGGAACUCUUCUACCUCGGUAUGCGAGCUGGCAGAAGAAGAGCCCCCUGACUGCUGCUGGCCGUUCUGGCCUCCUCCUUCAACUGCAGUGCUCAUGCUGGCCAGAUUGAUAUCCGCUUUGAUAGAGAGGGGGUAUAUAGCUGCCCGAAACAGCCAGGCAUCUCAGCAAGAUAUGAAUUAUAUAUACGUCUAUGUAUAUAUAUAUGUAUAUCUAUCCAGCAUCUGA